AUGUCAGAUAUCGAAAAGCAAGACCACCCCGACCGCUCAGUUGAGCAAUUGAGUUCCGCCAGGAAAUCCAAGUUCACCUGGAAGCCAGUUGCAGCCAUUUGCACUGCUCUCCUUGUGCUCUACAGCUCUGGCGGUGUGAUACCCUCGUGCACCCUGAAUGUCGAGGAAUUGUGGCCCUCGUUGAACGUAGACGCCGACGAUGUGUGCCCCCUUAUCCCGUAUGUCCGCCCAGAGACUUAUCUCAAGGAUAACUCUACCUUGGACAGGAUUAUCUACGAUGCUUCCUACAGAAACCAGUCCGCCGCAAAGCUCUCCGGAGCAGUCCAGGUCAAAACAGACACCUACGACGAUAGUCCACUAGUUGGCGACGAUCCUAAGUACUGGGAGGCCAAGUUUAAGCCAUUUCACCAGUAUUUGGCCAAGACAUUCCCAACCGUUUUCAAGAUCACUAAAUUGGAGAAGGUGAACAAUUGGGGGCUAGUGUUCACCUGGGAAGGCUCGGACGCUAGCUUGAAGCCAAUCUUAUUGACCGCACAUCAAGACGUGGUCCCCACACAGGAUGCCACCUUGAAGGAUUGGACCUACCCUCCAUACGACGGUGUUUACGAUGGUGAGCACUUGUGGGGCCGUGGGUCUGCGGACUGCAAGAACUUGUUGAUUGGGGUGUUAGAAGCAUUGGAGGAGUUGCACCAGGACGGAUUCAAGCCGAAAAGAACCAUCGUGUUGGGCUUUGGGUUCGACGAGGAAAUUGGAGGUGAAAACGGUGCUCAGCACAUUGGUAAGCACUUAAUUGAGAAGUACGGCAAGAGCUCUUUUUACGCAGUAAUCGAUGAAGGUGGGCAGAGUUUGAUAGAGCAAGACGACAUAUACUUGGCCCUUCCAGGCACUGGAGAAAAGGGAAUGGUCAACUUGGUCAUCGGCUUGAAUACACCAGGAGGACACUCACUGGUGCCACCAGCACACACCUCUAUUGGAAUCAUCUCCAAGUUGAUCAGUGCCAUAGAAGACAAGCAAUUUGACCCCAUCUUCUCGCCAAGAAACCCCACCUUCCAGGAAUUCCAGUGUGUAGCUGUACACUCGCCUAGUUUACUGACGCCAAUCAAGCAUGCUAUUUUGAACUCCGAACACAAUAAGAUCGCCAACGGCAUCGCCAUCGAGUAUUUGUCACGCAAGUCCUUGGAUGUCAAGGCGCUUAUUUCGACCACACAGGCGAUCGACAUUAUCCACGGAGGGGCCAAAUCCAAUGCACUUCCUGAGUACGUGGAAGCGGUUAUUAACCAUAGAAUAUCUGUAGAGAGUUCAGUGAACGCUACAGUGCAAAAGGAUUUAAAUCAGGUUUUUGAAUAUGCAGAAAAGUUCGACUUGGGAGUCGUCUACGAAGGAGAAGUCUUGAAGAACAAAACCGCUAAGGGCUACUUUACUGUUUACAAGGAGAGCACGUUGGAGCCAGCUCCAUUAACCCCCACAAAUGACAGACAUUGGGAAGUAUUGGGAGGAUCCAUCAGACAUGUGUACGAAGAGGUUGCCAUGCCAGAGAAGUUUGCAGAAAAGCCUGUGGUUGUAGCUCCAGGUAUCGCUACAGGUAAUACGGACACUCAGUGGUACUGGAGUCUCACUGAGCACAUCUUCCGUUACAGACCAGGCCUCACGCCUACCUUGGAAACACAUGCCCAUGGAGUUGAUGAGCAUAUUCCAUUUGAUUCGCACUUGCAGAUCAUUGCAUUUUACUAUGAGUAUCUUCAAGUGAUCGACGAGGAGAGCGACUAG